AACAGUUUUUUAAAUUUACACGGUGUUCUCCGAGCCAGUUCAAUGAGUUACUUCAAUCAGUGGGACAUAAACUGCAGAAGGACACUCGAAGAAAUCCUUUUACAUUGUCACCUUCACAUCGACUGAUAUUAACAUUGCACUACUUAGCCGAGGGCUGUACAAUGCAGGAAAUUGCAAGGAAUUUUCGUAUCGGAAAAUCAACAGCACAUGUUAUCAUUAAAGAAACGUGUAAAAUCUUAUGGGAUGUUCUGCAGCCACGUGUAUUAAAACGUCCAGGUGUUGAUGACUGGAAGAACAUCGCUCAUGAAUUUUAUCAUCGAUGGAAUAUGCCAAAUUGCUUUGGAGCUAUUGAUGGUAAACACAUCAACAUUAUGGCUCCGAAGCACUCUGGAACUGAAUUCUUCAAUUAUAAGAAGUCUUUCAGCAUCGUGUUAAUGGCCAUAUGUGAUGCAUAUUAUCGAUUUACAUUUGUUGACAUUGGAGCAGCUGGUUCUAAUCACGAUUCUGUCAUAUUCAAGGAAUGUGCGUUUGUAGCAGAUCAAGCAUUUCCCCUUGACAAGCAUAUUAUGCGACCAUACCCAGGCAAUGACUUAGGAGAAAAA